CUUGUUGUCAGUGUUUGUUUGUGGUCCUUUCCCUUGGCGAGAAAGAAACAGUUUUAAACUAUUCCAGUCGUUGCUGAGCCUAGGCUUCCUGUAGCCCCCUGUUGGUUUUAUUUUCAUCGUGUAGUAUUUUAACAAUGGCUACCUCAGACUCAGAGAAGGUACAAGAGUCUUCCUCCAAUCAGUACAGGAGGAGUGCCUCACCUGAGGUUGUAUGCUUUAGUGAGCCUGAAAUAAUGUCAGAGAAUGAUAAGACGACAAUAAAAGGACCCCAACGUGAGGGUGAUAUAGAUUUUAGGCAGUAUCACCUUGAUGUGGACACUGAUGAAGAUGAUGAGAGUAGUAAUGAAGGAGAAGGAGAGGAGGUUGAUAAAGAAUUAGAGGGACAGGAACAAGAAUUUGAAGAAGAGUUAAUGAAUGCUUUUAUUGUAGAUCCCUCCUCUGUGCCUCAAAAUCUUCCUAAUGUGCAUACAAAUACAAGAAAAAUAUCUGGUGUUUCACUCACUGGCUAUCAAAGAGAUGAAGAAGUGUUGUCGGAGGAUGACCACUGGCUGAGUAGGCCUAGAGACAAUGCAGGAAUGACCCGAUUACACAGUCAAGAACUUUUAAAUGAAUUGUUUUUUAAGUUCAAGUAUGUUCACUCCUCUUUGAAGCAUCAUGGGAGGAGGAGGACUUUCAGGAAACGUGCUGCAACUGAGAGUACAGGAAAGGUUAAUGCACUGGAUAUGAUUCAGAAGAGAAAUUCUGAUGCCAUUAUAACUAUUGAUCACUCACUGAGUGAAGAGGAAGAAGAUGACAAAGAGUUGGAAAAGAAGAAAGAAGGAGAGAGGGAAAGGGCUAGGAGAGCAACAAUGCAAGCAGAUUCAAGUUUGUAUGAUACAAAAAAGAGAAAGAAAGAGAGAAAAAUUUUGGAAAGCAUUGGAGCUGGGGUGAGUAUGUCACCACGCCAAAGAAAAACAAGAGCUCAGAGUGUUGCUGUAUCUGGCCCAUCUGGUAAUAAUAGAUAUAAACCCAGCUCUUCUGAUUUAUCUCUGUUGGACAGGAAGAAGCCACCAGGAUCACCUAAAGCACCUCAUUUGCCAAAACUGAAGCUUCAUAAUCCGAAAUCAGCAGAGAAACUACGAAAGUAUCUUGAAAUGAAGAAAUAUGAUCAAGUCCAGAGAGAUGAGAGAAUGGAUACUCCUCUCCAUGCCAUUGUACGAAGUGACAGAAAAGACAAAUUAGAAUGUCUGUUGAUACUAAUGGUGUUCAGUGACUAUGGGACUGACAAUAUUGAUAUGCCUGCUGCUUUUGGUAAUACAGCAUUGCACAUUGCAGUCCAGAAAGGGGAUUUAUUAAUGGUCCAACUACUCUUAGUAUUUGGUGCAAAUAUUGAUGCAAUGAAUGAUCAAAAGAGAACCCCACUUGACAUGCUCAUCAACAAAGGCAAUGACAAAAAAUUUUUAAAAUCAUUGAAGAACUGA